AUGACACGGAAAUCCCAGACGGCACUGUUACCGCUGUUGAUAACUCUGCUUGUUUCGGCGACCCUUGUAACGCGUACAAACACGGAAUCGCAGCCGACCUCUUCCUCCUCCGCCGCCGCCUCGAUCUCCCGCCACGUGUCGCUGGGGUCCGUGAGCUACAGCCGGCAGCUCUACACGGUGUACAUGAAGGCGCUGCCGCCCGUGAUAAGCUAUCACGGCGGCGUGGACGGUCUACAGGCGACGGCUACAGCCGCUGCUACAGAGGAAGAGGAGGAGGAGGAAGAGGUAGAGGAGGCGGAGGAGGAGGAGGAGAGUGUAAGACUGGGAAACGAAAGAAGCAAACGAGGGGAGGCUGGUGAUUACGAUUAUCGGGAUUACUACGGGGAUUAUAGAGAUAGUGAUAGUAGCGACGGUGGUAACGAGAGAAGGGACGGUUACAAGGAAGGGGGCGAUAGGUCGGUUAGGGAUGCGAUAAAAGAUCGGAAGGGCGGUAGCGUGAGGGGAGAGAGGGGUGGCGAAGGAAUUUCGGCUAUGCAGAUUGACGAAAGACGUUUACAAGACGAACAGGAGGCACUGUUCGAGGAGGAGCCAGGGUUACAAGAGGAACCCGUCGCGGCAGGGAAUGCGGGAGUGAAGGUGAACUACGCCACUCUCGGGUCGCUCAGCGGAGUGGCGCCUCGCGCGCGCAUCGCGGUGUACAAAGUGAUUUGGGGCGGCAUGAGCAGCCUUGCUGACGUCAUGGCUGCUGUCGAAGACGCGGUGAAGGACGGGGUUGAUGUGUUGUCCCUCGCGGUCGGCGGCACGGACGACAAUUAUUUCAACUCCAUCUUUUUGUUACGCGCGGUUCAGGCGGGUGUGCUGGUGGUGGCGCCAGCAGGCAACAACGGCCCUCCCCCAACGCCCACCUAUUGGCGCACUCUAACGAAUGUCGCCCCCUACAUACUCACAGUCGGGGCAAGUGCCACGGACCGCGAGUGGAGUGCCACGCUCACCCUCGGCAACGGCACCGCACUCUUUGGGGUCACUCAGACGGGCGGCGACGGCGUGCUAACCGCCAACCUCCCUCUCAUCGACUCGGAAGAGGCCCAUGCCAAAGGCGCCGCCCUUUGGGAGGCGCGGCAGUGCCGCCCGGGGAAGAUCGACGCCGAGAAAGUGGGCGGCGGACUCGUCUUGUGUUACAUCGGUGGGAUCAGCCCGGAGAAAAAAGCGAGGACGGUUCAGGACGCAGGGGCACGAGGCAUGGUGCUUAUACCGAGAAACUCUAAUGAGAGCGUGCGCAGCGUGAGCGGAAACUUCCCGGUGAUUUCCUUCGGGUACCCCAAGGGUGUGCUUAUAAGGGAUUACAUCAUGAAGACGGCGAGUCCCACUGCUACUCUCUCCCACCUCGUUUUGGAGCAGCCGAGGAAAGUCCGAGCGCCGAUAAUGGCAUAUUUCUCAUCUUCUGGACCGCCGUACCGCCCAGGCUGGCCGUACCGGGCCCUUCCCACCAUCACCAACGACGUCUUAAAGCCCGAUUUAGUUGCUCCGGGAUUGACUAUCCUCGCUGCGGCGGCCUACGGAAACUCCCCGGGGUUCUCGAUGCAAUCUGGAACGUCGGUUUCGGCGGCGUGUGUGGCUGGGAUCGCAGCAAUGGUGAUGCAGAAGCAUCCCGAUUGGACGCCGGCUGCGGUGAAAUCCGCUCUCAUGACCACAGCGCGAGUGAAAGACGCAUCGCAACUUGUAGUGCAGCCAAUGCUGGGCAUUGAUUCAUAA